GAGGAGUAUCCUUACAGAGUUCCCAGGGAAGAGCCCCUCCCAGGAAGGCCUCUGGAGUUUGGCGCCCGUCCACCACAACCUCACAGCGCACGGAACCAAGGCCUCUACCCGGCCCCCCGGUCGCUGCCCGAGAGCGGAGAGGACACGCUGGUGCAGGCCAUCCUCAACCUAGACAGAGGGUACGAGGAGGACAGAGACCUCUUCAGGAGGAAGGCCGCCCCGUUCCCCCCCCCCAGGGAUCGCUCCCCGGUGCGCCGCGAGGUGGCCCGCUCCCCCCACAGCCGCUCGGGCUCCAGCGUCAGCAGCAGAGGAUACUCCCCGGACCGAGCCAAGAGCCUGCCGUUCCCCUCACAGCAAGGCAAGAGUGUGGACGUUCCAGAGGGUCCUGCAGGUCUAGCUGAGCCCCCCUGGGGGGCGCUCUAUCCUCAACAGAUUGGACAUGAAACUUUGGACAAAAUCCCUGGCCUGUCGAGAGAAGGCUCCCCAGUCAGCGCAAUAUCAGUCAAGGAGGAUAACCACGCCCCAGAAGGAGACAAAGAGGAGCCGCUGGUGACUCCCGUCGUGGAGGAAUGCCAAAAGCUGUCACCGGACAACUUCCAGGAGCGGCGAGCGAGGGCCAUCUCAGCUAAAGCUCAGGAUAUAGAGAAGGUGUACCGGCAGGACUGCGUGACAUUCGGCAUGGUGGUGAAGAUGCUGGUGGCUAAAGACGCCAACCUCGAGAAGCAGCUGCAGGUUCCCCUGAGGGAGAACCUCGGGGAGAUCCGCGAGCGAUGCCUGGAGGAUCUCAGGCACUUCAUCAACGAGCUGGACGAGGUGGUCCGGCAGCCAGAAGCCUCCGUGUGCGACUCCACCACCCCAUCAACGGGUCAUAAACUCAUAAAGACAGCAGCCAAUCACAGCUCAUCUUACUGACACAUUGGCUCCAUGAGAGAGAAUGGUUACUCGGUUAUAUUUUUGGAAUUGCUGGACUUGAAUUGAAUUCCCACAACAACUUGAACAUGGGACAGCAUGCAUGUGUGGAUGAACAGUGUUAAUUUUGAACAAACCAUUUUUUUACUUUCGGUCUCUGUUGAAAGAUGUUGUUUUAUGAUUAAAAACGUGUUUUCUGUCAAAUGUUGGGUGAAAUAAAUCACUUUCUUUAUUUAAAAGUUA